AUGAUGACUGUGGCAGAGUUCGCUAUAGAUCACUCUUUCGAAGAGGAUGAGCAUGCCGAGCAGGACGAGAAUGAGCAGCCAGAGGAGGCAAAAGACGAUCAUCUUGCACCAAAAGCAGGCGCUGCUGCUUCGACAGCCUUGAAGAGCCCUACUCCCGGACGACAGGGUGGUUUCAAUGUGCCAGAAACGGUGCUUAGAAAACAGCAGCAAUACUCUGCUGGUAAACCAUCAAAGCAUGACAAGACGAAACUUAUGCGAUCCGAGGGUAUCAUCCCAAUCCAGGCAGGAUCCAACAAAUAUGCAUCGCAGAGGGGAAUGACAGGAUUUGGUGUGCCUCGUGAUGUCAUCGAUAAAGUGAAAUCGGAAAAUUUGGCUGAAAUCACGGAUGAGAAGAAAAUCGAACUUCUCAAGGGGUCGACAUGGCUACAGUCUGGUACCAACAAAUUCGCUUCACAAAAGGGACAAACCGGCUUCGGUGCUCCUCGUGAUGUCAACUACAAAACGAAGGGAACUGGUGGAGCUAGCGAUGUACCGGAGGAGAAGGCUCGUGCCUCCGAUGGCAUCGUUCCCCUACAAUCUGGAACCAACAAACUCGCUUCCCAAGCUGGUAUGACCGGUAUCGGUAUGCCCCGUAUUGUUGAUGUGCGCAAGGCUGAGGACCAAGACCGUGAGUCACAAGGAUUCAUCCAUCUCCAAAUGGGUACAAACCGAUUUGCCAACCAGUCUGGUAUGACCGGCUUUGGCAUGCCCCGUCACAACAUUACCAAGUACAAAGAUGAGGUCCGUGGUGAGAUGCCCCAUGACGAAGGAAGCACAUCCAGGCAGACGUCCGGCUGGAGAGAGGGAGCCUCCCAGGCUGGUAUGACUGGUUUUGGAGCAUUCCGUAAUAACACUGUCAACAUGCUUCAGGCUCAAGAGCAGCGCUCACAGGGAAUGAUCCCCUACCAGAUGGGUGUAAACUUCCUCGAAUCGCAGGCUGGUAAGACCGGAUUUGGAAUGCCUAGACAAGUAUUCACCUCAUUCGUUGAUGAUACUCACGAGGAUCUGCCAGCCGACAUGGCCCGCAGACCAGAAGUGCCAUUCUGGACUGGGCAGGAUGAGUCCAGGCAUGCCAAUCAGACCGGUAUGGGUGCCUUCGGAACUCCCCGUGAUGUGCGUGGCGAAUACGUUCGACGCAUGUGGUGAUCGCUAUAGCCGCUUCGCUCAACCAACUCGACUAGUCAGCUACAAGAAUCGAUAGCCAGGCCCAAAUCCCACAAUUUGUGACAUACCGUACCCUUCAGCAUCACACUUGCCAGUGACCUAUGGACUUUUUCUUCUCCUUGAUAAUUCAAGUUGUACCUUACUCAUCGUCUUGGAAGUUGUUUAUAUUUGAUAAAUUGAUAAACACUGACGGCAGCAACUCAAAGAAAGAG